CAACAGGAAAGAGACUACAAGAAUGGAUCUCUGUCGUCUUAUGCUUCUCUCUGAUCUGUUUCAAUUUUUACAAUCUUCUCUUCUACUUGAGACUGGAACACAUGCCCUCUGUUGUUGUUGGGAUAUUUGCAGGAGUCAUUACAGCUGAUUUUCUAUCAGGAUUAUUUCACUGGGGAGCUGAUACCUGGGGAUCUGUGGAGCUACCCAUAGUUGGAAAGGCUUUCAUCAGACCUUUUAGAGAACAUCAUAUUGACCCCACAGCAAUUACCAGACAUGAUUUUAUAGAGACCAAUGGAGACAACUGCUUCAUGACACUAGUCCCGUUGGCAAACAUGGCAUAUAAAUUUGUUUCUUUUUCCCCAGAGGCGUUGUAUGAAACAUGUCCUUGGGAGUGUUAUGUCUUUGCCCUUAUCAUCUUCAUAACCAUGACGAACCAGAUUCACAAGUGGUCCCACACGUACUUUGGUCUUCCACGCUGGGUCAUAUUUCUCCAGGACUGGCAUGUUAUCCUGCCACGGAAGCAUCACAGGAUCCAUCAUGUGUCUCCACAUGAGACGUACUUCUGCAUUACAACUGGUUGGCUCAACUAUCCAUUAGAGAAGAUAAGAUUCUGGAGGUGUUUGGAGAACAUUAUCCAAGCAGUUACUGGAGAGAAGCCAAGAGCAGAUGACAUGAAAUGGGCUCAGAAAAUUAAAUAACUUUUGCCAGCCUUCUGCAAUCCUUAACUUGUUGCCAAUGUUUUUUUUUUUAAAAAAAAAAAAGCCAUCAGCCAAAUUCAAGACCUGCAAAGAAGUAACAGACUCUAAAGCACAAACUAAAAAGUGCUAACACAAACUGUAAUGAAAAGAACUAAUUCUUAAAACGAUACUUGAAAUGAAGAUGAUUACUCUUACUGAGCACCUUUUUGUUUAGCCAUGUCUGCUUACAUCUUAAUAAAUACUUCAUCACUAGCUCAUAAGGUUAUCAGGCAAACCAGAAGGCAGGACAGUCACUCCAUUGGUACAUGGUGGCGUAGUAAACAUGUGUUGUAUCAACAUUAUUUAACACUGCAAAAAUAGCUUGUUGCCUCAGACCUCUAGGGGAAUGGUGACAAGUUUGUCACUUCAUGUUUGAGUCCAGAUACACUGCAUGAAAACAGUGUGUCAGAGUGAUGGAAGCCUAUAAAAUCAUCACUGUUCAAUGCACUUAGUGAUUGAUGAAAUUACAGCUCUGUCUUUGCUAUCAUGUUUAAUCUAACUGACGUAAUGUGGAACAGACUUCAAGAAUCCCACUCCACCAGUGGGCCAUGAAUCCUCAAGUGUCUUCAGUUUCCCUUAAAAUAAAAUUGUUCUACGCUCUUCAUGGAAUUGAGCAACUGUUACUGCAUAAGCCUUCAACUUAACAAGCCUCUGAGGAGAGGGAGGGCACCCAGUACAACACGUGCUCACGUUUGUUCAUGUGGAGUGCUCACUGAUGAGUCUUUUAUUAAGUGUUUCCUACCCUGACAAUAAAUGUUUAAAAUAGUUCUAGCAUUGGGCACAUUGCAAAUAGCUGUAUUCAAGAGCUCAAGGUAUCAAACUUAUAAUGUUAGAAGGGAAAUGUCAAUGACUGGUGUUUUGUUCUUUUUUUUUAAGGUGCUUGCUUGUUUCUGUAAAUAAUAUAAAGCCUUAAUCUCUUCUGGUGUAAUGGAAUAAUAUUUUAAUGUGAUGUUUGAAUGUAUAUAAUAUAUUUAUAACAAAGCAGUCGGAUAAUACUAA